GGUGGGCAGGCGCUGAUAACGGUGAGCAACCACGUUGCGUCGCUGGACGAUCCGCUGGCGACGGCUGCGCUGCUGCCGAUGGGGGCGCUGCUGCGGCCGAGCGCGCUGCGGUGGACGCUCUGCGCCACCGACCGAUGCUUCACCAACCCCGCCGCCUCAGCCUUCUUCCGCGCCGCCAAGGUGCUGCCGGUGGAGCGGGGUGCUGGGAUGGAGCAGGCGGGCAUGCGCGCGGCGGAGGCGCGGCUGGCGGCGGGGGACUGGGUGCAUGUGUUUCCGGAGGGAACGCGCAGCCGCGACGGCCGCAUGGGCCACGCGCGCAAAGGCGUCGGCCGCCUCGUUGCCGCCUGCAGGCAGACCCCCCUCGUGGUGCCGUUUGUGCACUCGGGAAUGGACGCGGUGGUGCCGCGGGGGUCGGCGCUGCCACGGCCGGGGCGCUCGGUGCGGCUGCUGGUGGGGGACCCCAUCCUGGUGGCCGACCUCAUGCGCACGGCCGAGGAGCAGGCCUGGCCCGACGACCGCCUCUACAUCGCCAUCGCAGACCGCAUUGGCGCCCACCUGCACGCCCUCAAGGCCCGGCUCGAGGACGCCCCGCUGUCGCAGGUGCGGCAACCUGCUAACAUUUAUUGCCCAGCGUGUUGA